AUGGCCGCGAUAACAACACCCUCGAAUACUGCGCCUGCCCUGACAUUCCCGCGUCCCAUCUUCGCUACCGUCGCCCCGCACCCGUUCCUGCAAGCGCACCUCGCAGCAACAAAGUCUUCUAAAACGCCCCUCCGCGCCAACAAUCGCACAGCGCAAGAGUUUCGAAGAAUCGGCGUCAAUACAGGCAGUCUCACGCAUUGCAAUGGCUCGGCUGUCGUGCGCUUAGGCAACACCUCAGCCGUGUGCGGGGUGCGCGCCGAGAUACUCAAGGAAGAGGAUGUGCAAGGGACAGCCGACUUCGCGCCCAGCACUGGUAGCAAGGCACAAGAACAUGUAGAGGGCGAGAGGGAAGAGUUUGAGAGCCUGAGGCUGCUGGUCCCCAAUGUAGAAUUGUCAACAGGCAGCACACCCCAGCACAUCCCCGGCAACGCGCCGUCGUCCUUCGCGCAGACACUCAUCACGCGCGUGCGAUCGCUACUGCUUUCCACGUCCCUUGUCCGCCUCUCUGAUCUACGCAUCCUCUAUACCCCGCCAAGCAACCCCGACGACCCCGAUGCGGAGCCAGAACCGCAUCUAAAGGGCUACUGGGUGCUCUAUAUGGACAUUUUCUACAUCAGUAUCGACGGCAAUGCCUUCGACGCCGCCUGGAUAGCUAUACUUGCUGCGCUUAAAAACAGUGUUAUUCCGCACGCCUUCUGGGAAGAGGAGCUCGAAACGAUCCUUUGUUCCGAUGACCCGUCUGAAGCGCAUCCGCUCGCUCUCCGUGGACUGCCUGUGCCCUCGACAUUUGCGGUUUUUGAGGGCAAACGCGACUGGAACGAGAGUGGGGAAGACGAUGAGGUCGAUUGGGUGCUCAGCGAUCCGGAUGCAUUCGAAGAGAGUGUGUGCAAGGAAAGCGUAUGUGUGGUUGUGGAUUGCAGUGGUGGCAAGAAGGGAACGAAAGACGGCAUAUUAAACAAGCUGGAGAAGAGCGGUGGCGGUGUAGUUGACCGGGAGGCGAUAAAAGGAUUGGUAAAGCGGGCGGUGGAUCGAUGGGAGGAGGUGGAGAAGGCUACUAACGUGAAGCCUUGA